AUGCCUGAAGAAAAAGUCAACAGGGAGGAUGAAUUUACAGAAACAUCUUCACUAAGAGUAGAAACAUCAUCACUAAGAGUAGAAACAUCUUCACUAAGAGUAGAAACAUCUUCACUAAGAGUAGAAACAUCUUCACUACAAAUAGAAACAUCUUCGCUACAAGUAGAAACAUCAUCACUAAGAGUAGAAACAUCUUCACUAAGAGUAGAAACAUCUUCACUAAGAGUAGAAACAGCUUCACUAAGAGUAGAAACAUCUUCGCUACAAGACUAA